AUGGUUAAAGCUGAAGAAUCCAAGUACAAACUGCAAUGGCGAAAUCAAUCCUCCCUAAAGUCGCCAUUUUCUCAGUCUUCACAAUCACAGCAAUUCUGGUGGCGACGGCAACCGCCGGCCGCCAAGAAGAAAGCCCGAUAAGGCUGCCGGAGAAGAAGUUCUCGAAGCUCCAAUUCUACGUCCACGACUACGUGAGCGGUCCGAACCAGUCCGUCUACGACGUGGCCGAGUCGACCGUCACGGGGAGCUCCGGCACCUGGUUCGGCCGGGUUCAGGUGGCGGACCACCUCCUGACGGUCGGACCGGAGCCGGAGUCGGAGAGAGUGGGUCGCGUCCAGGGGAUACACGUGAACGCGGACCUCCACGUGGCGGCGAUUGGAGUGAACUGGAACUUCCACUUCGACGACGGCGAGGGAAGCACGGUGACGGUGGUGGGGAGGCUGGUGGCGUUCGCAGCGGAGGGGGAGCUGUCGAUCGUCGGCGGGACGGGUAAGUAUCUGAUGGCGCGUGGGGUGGCGCUGAAGAGGACGCUGAAAAUGGAUCCGGCGACGUACAACAGUGUGAUGCAGUACACUUUGUAUGUCUACUCGUCGUCGCCGGCGGCGUUGGGCCGCCGCCGGGACUGAUCUGAUCAGAUCCGGUCGCCGGCGGGGGGUGUUUUAGGGUUUUUGUGUUGAUUAAUGAAUAAGCUCUUUGAGGCAAUUAAUUAAUUGAUGGAGUUUUAUUGUAUCGUUAAUUCGUUUCAAUCUAUUUUACUA